AUGUCUCAUGGCCUCACCCAUGCUGCUAUCAUUGAUUUCGAUUUACACCACGGAGACGGGUCGCAGGAUAUUGCUUGGGAGCAAAAUCGGAAGGCAAGUGCAGCUUCCAGGAAUUCCCCAUCUCAUAAGAAAACGGCAAUCGGUUACUUCAGUCUCCACGACAUCAACUCGUAUCCUUGUGAGGCUGGUGAUGUAAACAAGGUUCGUAAUGCUAGCGUUUGCAUCGAUAAUGCUCAUGGCCAAUCUGUCUGGAACAUCCAUCUUGAACCGUGGAAAACUUCUGCGGGCUUUUGGGAACUUUACAAUACGAAGUACUCUAUCCUCCUUGAAAAAGCUCGAAACUUUCUACGAUACCAUACACAGCGUUUGAUAAAUUCUCAAAAUCCGUCGCUUCCCAAAGCAGCUAUUUUUAUAUCUGCUGGGUUUGAUGCUAGUGAAUGGGAAGGCGUUGGUAUGCAAAGACACAAGGUCAAUGUACCGACAGAUUUCUAUGCCAAAUUCACAGCAGAUAUUGUGCAAAUCGCAGAAGAUGAAGCCCUGGGCGUUGAUGGCAGAGUUAUAAGCGUUUUAGAAGGAGGCUACUCUGACCGAGCUCUCAUAAGUGGUGUGCUCAGCCACCUGUCAGGGCUUGCGGACAGCCAGAGAACUGGUUUUGAAAACGGUGAUAACCGCCUCGCUACUGAAAUGAUAAGUCGCCUUGGUUUGAAUGACUGCCCUGAGACUGUCUUAGAAGAGGAUUCAACUUUUGAUACUGAGUGGUGGACACUCCCCAUGCUGGAAACCCUCGAACUGCUUGCAAACCCACCGCCUCCAACCCCGGCUCGCAAAUCUCGUGAGAAGGGGCCUCCGACAUAUUGUUCUCCAACCCAGGCAUCAGCUGCUAAGAUCGUUCUGCCUUCCCGUGACCGGAGAUCGAUUUCAUCGCAGCUUAGUGCAGGGGACAGUGGAUAUCCGCGUCUUCCACUCCCAGUCGUUGACUGGGCAACUGCAGCAUAUGAAAUGUCGAAAGUUCUUAUUCCUACCAAUCGCCAGACUGUGAGUCUCCAGCACUCAGAAUUAAAAGGUGAAAAUACUCGGACAAAGCGUGACCGCCAUUCAACCUCGAAUGUUUCAGAGUUGAAUGCGGCUGAUGAUCGGAAACCAAUGCAAUUGAGGGAGAGAAAGCCGAAACCACCAUCGCCAGAACACCUAACUACUAAGCAACCUUCAAAAGCUUCGCGAAGGGCCACCAUCGCCUCGGUGAGCGACAUUCCCGAUGCCUCUGCCACCGAACCUCCUGAAAGUUGUAACCAAAAUCCCAAGCCUGUUGAUUCGCACAGUUCACGACGCCUUAGUGUGGCGUCGACGGUGGCAUCAACUGGUGGCGCCCGUAGCAGGGGCAGCGUAGAGGAAACUUCACCACCCUCCUCAAAUGGGAGUAGCGCCCGUAGGAUAGAUUCACGCCGGGGGACCUCGAAUGGGAAGUCUGGGGAACCACUAACGGUGAAAAAACUCGGAGGUGUCCGGACCAGUCCGAGAAAGCCAUCGGCAGCUCGACAAGCACGACCUAUAGGCGGUGGCCCCAUUCCCCCUGUUCGCUCAUCGUCUAUAAACACAGAUACUUCAGAGCGUGAUCUCACCAAUCUCUCCGCAGUCCCAAGCCCGGAAGAGCAUGCGGCGAGAGAAGAGGAACGCAGGAAGAUUGCUACUAGCAGAUCCGCUUCCAGGAAAUCCCAGACCUCGAAAGCAUCUAGAUCUAGCAGCACAACGGCCACCGGGAAGGUCUCAAACCCUGACACUGCGCUAGCCCAGUCUCCACCUCCGCCGCCUGUUGCUGGCACUACCCUAUCCACCCGCUUCGACCCUAUCAAGCAGGAAAUGGCACACCUCCCUCACAAAAACUCUGAUAUUGAGGGAAUUCCUAUCCCGGACCUAUCGUCUUUCCCACAUUCAGCCAACUCAUACAGCGAGGUGGUACGGGGGUGGCCAUCCGACCCAACAACCAAGCGUACCCACAUCGAGCCAUCAAAAAACCCCUCCCCUGCCACCAAAAAGCUAUCUAUUGUUCUAGCAAGGAAAUUGAGAAGGAACGAGAUUCAUUGA